CGGCCCCGGCGCUGCCGCCGCCCGGAGCGGGGAGUGCCGGGCAGGGCCGGGCAGGUGGAGCGGCCCCCAUGGAGCGGGGGAAGAUGGCGGAGCUGGAGAGCCUGGAGACGGCGGCGGAGCACGAGCGGAUCCUGCGGGAGAUCGAGAGCACGGACACGGCCUGCAUCGGCCCCACGCUCAGGUCUGUCUACGAUGGGGAAGAACACGGUCGGUUCAUGGAGAAACUGGAAGCUCGGAUCCGGAACCACGACCGGGAGAUCGAGAAAAUGUGCAACUUCCACUACCAGGGAUUCGUGGAUUCCAUCACGGAGCUGCUCAAGGUCAGAGGAGAAGCUCAAAAACUGAAGAACCAAGUGACGGACACCAACCGGAAGCUGCAGAACGAGGGGAAAGAACUGAUAAUUGCCAUGGAAGAGCUGAAGCAAUGCCGGCUGCAGCAGAGGAACAUUUCGGCGACGGUCGAUAAACUCACGCUGUGUCUUCCCGUGCUGGAGAUGUACAGCAAACUGCGGGAGCAGAUGAAAUCCAAGAGGCACUACCCUGCCCUGAAGACCCUGGAGCACCUGGAACACACGUACCUGCCCCAGGUGAGCCACUACCGCUUCUGCAAGAUCAUGGUGGAUAACAUCCCAAAGCUGCGGGAGGAGAUCAAGGAGGUGUCCAUGUCAGACCUCAAGGAUUUCCUGGAGAGCAUCCGGAAGCAUUCGGACAAGAUUGGAGAGACGGCCAUGAAACAGGCACAGCAGCAAAGAAACCUGGACAACAUCGUGUCCCAGCAUCCCAGGAUAAGCGGGGGGAAGAAAUCCAAGAAGGAAUUCUGCGCCAACUCUGACCUGGAGGUGAAGAACACCAGCCCCAUGUCCGAGCAAGAUUCGGGAAUCCUGGAUGUUGAGGAUGAGGAUGAGGAUGAAGAGGUACCUGGAGCCCAGGAUUUGGUGGAUUUCUCCCCAGUUUAUCGCUGCCUGCACAUCUAUUCUGUCCUGGGCGCCCGCGAAACCUUCGAGAGCUACUACAGGAAGCAGAGGAGAAAACAAGCCCGGCUGGUCCUGCAGCCUCCUUCCAACAUGCACGAAACCUUGGACGGCUACAGGAAGUAUUUUAAUCAAAUUGUAGGUUUAAACCCAUGUUUUCCUCUCUCCCCUUCUUUCCAGUCCUACUGCUCCGACCCGAGCCUGGUGUUAGACUUGAAGAACCUCAUCGUCCUCUUUGCUGACACACUCCAGGGCUAUGGCUUCCCAGUGAACCAGCUCUUUGACAUGCUGUUGGAGAUCCAGGACCAGUACAGUGAAACCCUCCUGAAGAAAUGGUCAGGAGUUUUCAGAAAUAUACUUGACUCAGACAACUACAGCCCCAUCCCGGUGUCAAAUGAAGAACUUUAUAAGAAAAUAGUUGGACAGUUCCCAUUCCAGGACGCUGAACUUGAAAAGCAACCCUUUCCAAAGAAGUUCCCCUUCUCCGAGUUUGUGCCUAAAGUUUACAAUCAGAUCAAGGAAUUCAUCUACGCCUGCCUGAAGUUCUCGGAGGACCUUCACCUGAGCUCCACCGAGGUCGACGACAUGAUCCGGAAAUCCACGAACCUGCUGCUGACCCGGACGCUGAGCAACUGUUUACAGACGGUCAUCAAGAGGAGAAACGUGGGGCUGACGGAGCUCGUGCAGAUUAUUAUAAACACGACCCAUCUGGAGAAAUCCUGCAAGUUCCUCGAGGAAUUCAUCACCAACAUCACCAACGUGCUUCCGGAAACCGUGCACACGACGAAGCUCUACGGGACCACCACCUUCAAGGACGCCCGGCACGCGGCCGAGGAGGAGAUCUACACCAACCUCAACCAGAAGAUCGACCAGUUCCUGCAGCUGGCAGACUACGACUGGAUGGCCCUGGAGCCGGGCAGCAGGGCCAGCGACUACCUGGUGGAUCUCAUCGGCUUCCUGCGCAGCACCUUCGCCGUGUUCACCCACCUCCCGGGGAAGGUGGCCCAGACUGCCUGCAUGUCUGCCUGCAAACACCUCUCGACAUCGCUGCUGCAGCUGCUGCUGGAGGCCGAGGUGAGGCAGCUCACACUGGGGGCCCUGCAGCAGUUCAACCUGGACGUGGAGGAGUGUGAACAGUUUGCCAGAUCCGGCCCAGUGCCUGGGUUCCAAGGGGACACGCUGCAGUUGGCCUUCAUCGACUUGAGACAACUCUUAGAUCUGUUCAUCCAGUGGGAUUGGUCGACGUAUUUGGCUGACUAUGGGCAGCCCACGUGCAAGUACCUCCGUGUGAACCCCACGACUGCCCUGGUCCUGCUGGAAAAGAUGAGAGACACGAGCAGGAAAAACAACGUUUUUGCCCAGUUUCGGAAAAACGAACGGGACAAGCAGAAGCUCAUCGACACCGUGGCCAAGCAGCUCCGCGGCCUCAUCAACAGCCACCACUCCUGAGGGAGCUGGGCACCUCCUUCCCAAAACCCCCCCUGGACUUGGGAUCCUUGUUGAAAGAGAAUAUAUGUAUUUUUUUAUUCA